GUUCUUCCUGUUCUUAUAAUGAAUAAAACUGAGCAGGAUCUGGAGCAGGAACUGUAAUACACCUUCAGUCAUCCUAGACAAAUUAUCAGGAGGAACUUUAUUGUCCUCCAAAGUACAAAUCUUGCACUUCCAGUUUUCUGAUAGCAUGACAAGCAGUUUUCAGCCUAUGUCUCAGGCUAUAGCAUACCCAGGAAAUCUUCAUGAAUACCAUCAGGGCUUACCUUGUUGCAGGGUGAAGACAGGCAUGACCUUUCCUGCAUGAAGUUUACAGUCUGUCAAUAAUAGCUGUGAUUGUAUGACAAGCUCUGAGAUGAGUAUAAGAUGGUAUGAGACCAUGGUAACAGGUCUUACUAUAUAAGGACACAAAGAAAUUAUAACUUAAUCUAUGAUAUGUUAUAUUGUGGAAAUAUAAAAGGGACAAGAUAUACCACAGAGGAGAAGAUAUGAUAGUCAUUAGAGAAAGAACAUGAAUGUAAACAAUCAAACUUUGGUAUCGAACUUUCUCCUCCUGGGUCUGCCAAUCCCAUCAGAGUAUCAUCUCCUGUUCUAUGCUCUGUUCCUGGCCAUGUACCUCACCACCGUCCUGGGAAACCUGCUAAUCAUUGUCCUUGUUCAACUGGACUCCCAUCUCCACACACCCAUGUACUUGUUUCUCAGCAACUUGUCCUUCUCUGACCUCUGCUUCUCCUCUGUCACAAUGCCCAAGUUCCUGCAGAACAUGCAGAGUCAAGUACCAUCUAUAUCCUAUGCAGGCUGCCUGACACAGCUGUACUUCUUUAUGGUUUUUGGAGACAUGGAGAGCUUCCUUCUUGUGGUCAUGGCCUAUGACCGCUAUGUGGCCAUUUGCUUUCCUCUGCAUUACACCAGCAUCAUGAGCACCAAGCUCUGUGCUUCACUAGUGCUGCUCCUGUGGAUGCUGACAACAUCUCAUGCCCUGCUGCACACCCUACUCAUGGCUAGAUUGUCUUUUUGUGAGAAGAAUGUGAUUCUCCACUUUUUCUGUGACAUUUCUGCUCUUCUGAAGUUGUCCUGCUCAGACACUUAUGUUAAUGAAUUGAUGAUAUUUAUCAUGGGCGGGCUCAUCAGUAUUAUUCCAUUCUUAUUCAUUGUUAUGUCCUAUGUAAAGAUUUUCUUCUCCAUUCUUAAGAUUUCAUCUACCCAGGGCAUCCACAAGAUCUUCUCCACUUGUGGUUCCCAUCUGUCUGUGGUGUCUCUGUUCUAUGGGACAAUUAUUGGUCUCUACCUAUGUCCAUCAGGUAAUAAUUCAACUCUAAAGGAAAAUACCAUGGCUAUGAUGUACACAGUUGUGACUCCCAUGCUGAACCCCUUCAUCUACAGCCUGAGGAACAAAGACAUAAAGAAGGCUCUAAUAAGAGUUAUCUGCAGCAAGAAAAUCUCUCUGUAA